AUUCACCCAACACACCAUUUCCUUUUUGUCUCUGGUCUGAUACACAAUGGUUCAGUUUAAUACUCUGUCUGUGUUUCUCUGUGUCAUGGCAGGUUUGCUCUCAGAGACUCAGAGCUCUUUAACUUUGGAGGCAGAAGCUGGAGAUAACGUCACUAUUUGGUGCCAACAUGAUCUGACUGUAACAUCUUUCAUCUUCUGGUUUAAACACACAAGUGAUUCAGUUCCACUUCUUCUUGGGUGUAAAAAGUUUAGGACAUCAGCUUCAUCAGAGUGUUACUUCUUUAGUGAGAGUGAGAGAAUAGUGAUGUCUGUUCAUGGCAGUAAAACGUCUCUCACAAUCACUGCAGUAAACGUCUCUGAUACAGGACUCUAUUACUGCAGCUUCACUGACAGAAUGAUCUUCAGUAACUCCACAUAUUUACAAGUGAAAGGCAUAAAUAAAACAUUUUCUGAGAACUUGGAUAAUGCAAGAGGUUCUGUGUCUCCUGCUGUGUUCUUCAUGCUGAUUGUGGUGUUUGGUUCAGUGACUGUGUUUCUUCUCUGUGUCCUGAUCAUCAUACUGAAGCACAGAAAAACACACAGAGGUGCUGAAGCAGAUGAUAAUGAGCUCUGGAAGAAGAAAACCAAGAGGAGACAUGAUGAAGUGGAGUACUCUUAUGUUGUGUUUUCUUCUGUUGUUGAAUGUUAACAACACUGAGUGUGUAAUCAGUCGCUAAUUUUUAACCUCAGUCUAAUGUUCUCCUUCAGUUCUUCAGCAUAUAGUAUGGACUCAUUUACAAGAACAGUUUAGUGCAAUAUUUUCUGUAAUUGGUGAAACUUUUAAUCAUCUUCAAAAUAUAAAAUAUAUCAUUAUUGUUUAUGAACUGAACAUAGCAUGUAUUUUUAAAAUAUCCGAAAACUGCUUAUACUUAUAUACUUAUAAAAAAAAGUAGAUUACUCACAUUAAAUGUAUUUAUUUGUUUGUUCACAUCACCGUUUAUUACUCAGAAUUCUUCUAAUUAAAUAAAUGUACUGUACAUUGUGUAAUUAUAGAGCAUUGCACUGGUUGAGCACUAGAUGGCGCUGCGAGGGUUGUUUUAUAAAUAAACAGAAGUGUUGAUCACAAGGAAACAAGGUUUAAAUCAAA